UCCUAACUACUUAAAUAAUCUAUAUUUUUAUUUGUAAAAUGUCGACGCAGCUUUUGACGCUCCUUGUCCUCCUAUCUGCUGCGGCGAUCCAGCACCUCCCCGUCGCGACAUGCAACGAAUGGUGCGUGGCGUUGCCUGCUUCCACAAAAGAGCAGUUACAAGCCAACAUUGACUUCGGUUGCAGACAAGUCCACUGUACAGCGAUCCAACCCGGAGGAAGUUGCUAUUACCCUAAUACUUUAGUAGACCAUGCGUCCUUUGUCAUGAACUCUUAUUACCAGAGCCAUGAUCGCACCGCGGAUGCUUGUAGCUUCAACAAUUCCGGUUUUUUGACUUCUUCCGACCCAAGUAAUGGCCCAUGUGUCUACUAAACUUAUUUUAAUAAGACCUACCUCUUCAUAAAACAAUUUAAUUGCGUUUGUGAUAUUUGUUGUAAUAAUGGGUUUUGUUUUCGUAUUCCAAACUAAAAUUAAUUCAUAUAUUGGAUGUUAUUCAAA